AUGAUCCGCACCCUCGAUAUCGGCAGUGUUCUCCCCAGCCCCGACUCUCCGCCAGGGAUGACGGCCUCCAAGAGCUCCAAAUCGUCGUCUUUCCAGUCCUUCAGCAGCGACGAUGGCAGUGUUUUGGCCGACGUUGGUCAUUUUGAGGAGAUUGGACUCGAUGACGACACCGUAACCCUCAAGAGUCCAUCCCAGGUCGACAUCCGUCCCAGUCACUCCAAAGCUCCCUCGAGUCGAACUCUUGCGGCUGGCAAAACGGCUUCCAAGGCUCGACCGCCAUUUCCGAGUCUCCAGACCAAUGUUUACACCACCAACCCGCGCAGCACCAACCUGAGCUCAUUGACAGAGCCCCCCUCGGCCACGCGCUCCAAGCAGUUGACAAGUCCAUCAUCUGCCUCUCUCCCCUUUCCUCGACGACACCGAAGUCCCAGCCCCGGGUAUUCCCUCAACCCGAGAGAUCCGAGUCUCCCCCCAAAGCCCCGUCGAGGCAGCUGGCAAACCGGCCGCGAGCGCAAGUCGUUUACCGAUCUCGAGCGAGAAUGCGACGAAGACGAUGGCGAUGAUAUCCCCGAUGGCCUUGUCCUCGACAACGUGCCUCUCUCUCCUCGUCCACCUCAGGAGCGCACACCCAGUCGCCCGUCUUCAGUAUCACCCUCUCCCGACCGAGCCCCCAAGGAACGCGUUCGAAGCGUUGGCAAUGGAACGCCUGCUGUUGCUCAAGCGCAAGGGUCUCUUCGAUCGCCAACCUGGAAGACCGACGGAGCUCGCAGCCCAGUCAAAACUCGGGCACACAGCUGGAACGCGGCGCUCGCCGACCUGAAUGCCGAGGCCAAGACUCUGACGGAAAAGCUCGAGGAACACGCCGGGGAGAUGGAGGAACAGCAGGCAAAGCGUCCUGCAGGUCAGCGCCCCAACACCUGGAACUCGUCUCGAUCUGUCGAUACCUCGUAUGAGAAGAAGCAGCGCAUAAAAUCCACGCCAGAGCUGCCGCCCCUGCGCAAGUCCAACAUCAUGAUUGACCCUCUACCCAUCUCGAAGGAGAAGGAAGCUGUUCUCAGCCGAACACGUCCCUCUUGGCUGCCGCCCAAGGAUCCAGCAGAGGAGCGCCGACAUCUCAAGGAGUAUCAGAAGAUGAUGGCAGCGAGCGCCAAGGCUGAUGAGCGACGUGAAGCCUCCCGCAGAGCCAAGAUUGAAGGACGGGACAGCGCCGCCGACAACCUGAUGCACAUUUGGGAGAAGGAUGUCCUACCACGAUGGAACGACGCUAUUCGAGAACGCAGGACGAGAGAACUCUGGUGGAAGGGCAUUGCGCCUCGCAGCAGAGGAGCCGUCUGGACGCGAGCAAUCGGCAACGAGCUGGGUCUGUCAGAAGCCUCUUUCCAGGCAGCUCUUGCGAGAGCCCAAGAGGUAGAGGCCAGAGUCAAAGACGACAAGGGCGAUGCCGAGGAUGUGAAGAGAGCAAAGUGGUUUCAAGAAAUUCGAAAGGACGCAGCCAGCAAGACGUGGGAGGACCUCCGCAUCUUCGAGGUGGAGGGCCCUCUGCACCAGAGUCUUGUCGACGUACUGAGCGCGUAUGCCAUGUACAGGAGUGACAUUGGCUACGUCCGGGGUUGUAAUACAAUCGCCGCGUUGCUACUCCUGAACCUGCCCAACGCUGGGUCUGCAUUCGUCGCACUCGCCAAUGUCCUCAACCGGCCAUUGCCCCUCUCAUUCUACGCCUGUGACCUUGGCGCACAAGCCUCAGCGUUCAACUUGGUGCUCCAAACGCUGUCUCUGAAGUCGGCCCCUCUGCACGAACACCUCACCAAGAAGGUCCAAGACGUCAACCUAGAGGAAUCUCUAUCGUCAAUCUUGACUGGAAUGUUUACGGGACAUCUCGCCAUUGACGAAGCGGCGCGAUUAUGGGAUGUAUAUGUCUUUGAAGGCGACGCGCUCCUUAUACGUGCCGCCGUGGCUUUGUUACUCAGCAGAGAAAUGACUCUUCUCGGCGCAAAGACGGCCGACGAGAUCAAGGCGAUUCUAUCUGUAAGGAACGCCAAGGUGUCAUCAGUAAGACUUGCUGGCGAGGUCGGCGCCGAGGACAAGUUCAUGAUCUCGGUCCGCGAGGCCGGCAAAGCCUAA